UCUCUUAUCAGCAAUCACAGAGAUAGACAUAGAGGUCGUACGAAUAUGUUUAUUAGGGAAGGUUAGCACUAUUUCAUUUGUGGACGGAUUAAAGAUGGCCGUGAACAAAGGUCUACUAGAAUUUGCCACCAUCUUGCUGGACAAAAUGAAGGCAUCCAACGUUAAAAUUUGCAACACUAUUGGUCUUCAAGAUUGUAUGAUAGACGCGUUUUUUAAUCAUAACGAGCAGAUUGUCCGUCUUUUAAUAGAAUACCAUUUAGAUGUGAAUGUAACAUAUUGUGGUUUAAGUCUUUUAUCAUGGUCAGAAAUACUGGGACUACAAAACCUUCAAGAAAUCCUGCAAACAGCAGGUGGUAUGACCUUCCAGACUUACGACGAACCGAGCAAAUGUGUUCUCUCAGAUAUCGUGCACCUGAAAGCUAAUACUCGGAAAAAUGUCGAACGUCUGAUAGAGAGAGAUUAUAAUGUGAAUGGAGUACGAAGUAAUUUUUCUUGGGCUUACCCUCCUGUUUAUAUUGCUUUGUUUGAGAGAAAAUUUGAUGUUUUCGAAUAUUUACUAUUUAGGGGUGCUAUAAUGGACAUGCAUAAUAACACAGCUUCUCAAUUUAACAAAAAAAUGUUGCCAGUUUCAAACCACUACAGUGAUUGGCUCCAGUUUCUUACUAUUCUCGUAAAGGCAAAUGUCUUUUUAACGUUUGACAGUUACUUGAAUACUCGUGACGUAAUACUUGAACUAGGUAGGACGGAAGUGCUACUGGAAAUCAUUCUGACAACAUCCCAUACAGUAUCUAGAACAGAAAGGAUGAUACUAGAGGGAGUACAAAUGCAUCAAAAACUGUCACAAAGAUCAAAAGAUUUAAUUAAUGAAUGGUUCCAUGGGGUUAAAUCGUUACAAGUUUCCUCCAGGAGUUCUCUUAGAAGGCACUAUAAUCGUGAAUUUUAUGAAUUUACUGAAAAAAUAGCAACUCGAAUUCCGGAUAAAAUUCUGAAAUAUUUAAGAUGUGAAGACGUUAUUGAUAGAUCUUUAUGACAUACUUGAGACGAAAAAUAUGUAGAGGAUUAAGGUUACGUGUAAAUCAAUCAAAAUGAAAUACAGUAAUACUUUUCGCCUUUUUUAUUUGACACAUUAUGAUGAUGAUGAUGAUGAUGAUGAUGAUGAUGAUGAGAAUUUUUACCGUAGAAGCAUCAAAAAUCAAUUUUCAAGUCUUAGGUUGACCCGGAACUACAUAUUGUCUUUCGGUUCACCAUUAAUUCAUUUUGUUUAGCGACAUCUUAACUAUAGAUGCAAACUUUUACAAAAAAAAAACCAACCAAAACAUAUACAAUUUGCAAUUUUGUAUUAAGAUGCGUUUAACAGCAUGUAAAUAUGUUAAAUUGUAGAGUAAUUAUUUAGAGUAUACGAUUUAUACUAUUAAAUAUUUAAAUUUCAGUAGAAUUUGACAACUUCUAGUUUUUGAUCCUGGGCCUGAGUGAAACAGACAAAGGGAUCUGAAUUGGCAUAUUUUUUGGGAAAGGUUUACUGUACUGUUCUUACGUGCUUUAACACAUACUUUUUGAUGUGUUUCAGACUCGAAACAUUCUAUUUGUCUUUUUAAACGUCUCUAGAAACCCGAGAGAGAGAUUUAUUUCAUACCAGGGCUAUCAACAAAUUUUUUAAUUUUCCUUCAAGGGAAGGGAUAAACGAUUUGCACGAAAGCAAAAAGAGAUCUAUUUUUUACUUUAAACAUGGAGAACAGACUUCAUAGCGGUUACGACAAUUUAAAGUAUUAGAGCUAAAUAGUAGAUUAUAACGCCAUGUUUUUUCAUUCAGCUGUCAAGUUUAUUUAUUGUUAAUAUAUACAUGUAAUACUUUGGAAUUGCCAAUUAAAAAACGAACGAAAUAUGUAA